AUGGAUAAUGCUGUGGAAGGAUCAUUAUCUAAAAAAAAAAAUGCUGUGGAAGGACAGCAUCUCCCAGAGACUCUCAGCACAUCCUUCAGCCAGGGGAUGGUGCGAUAUCGAUGAUCCACCCGUGCAGCCGCGCCGGCGACAGCCUCGAUUAUUCUACCUAGCUUGAUGAGGAUUGGGAAUUUGGAAUAGCCGAGCAGGGGUGAGUAGCUAGCUUGACGCGCGUACGGGAUCAUGGCAGCCUCGACGGGGGUGGUGAGUUCCCUCCUCUCGAAGCUGGCGACCCUGGCGGAGCAGAAGUACGGCGACGUCAGGAGGAUCCGCCGCGAGAUCACCUUCCUGACGGACGAGCUCAGCAGCAUGAACGCGCUGCUCCUGAAGCUGGCCGACAUGGAGGAGCUGGACUCGCAGCUGAAGGAGUGGAGGAACAAGGUGCGCGAGCUCGCGUACGACGUCGAGGACUGCAUCGAUGCCUUCGCGCACCACCACCGCCUUAGCCGCGGCGACGCCGACCCGGGCGGCCUCAUCCGGAGGGCAGCACGCAACAUGAAGAAGCUGCGGGCGAGCUACCGAGCGGCCGACCAGAUCCACGAGCUCAAGGCCCGGAUCAUGGAGGUCAGCGAUCGCCGGCUGAGGUACAAGCUCGAUGAGGCCGCGUCUGCUGCUCCUGCUCCGGCUCUGGCCAUUGAUCCUCGGUUGCCAGCGCUCUUCGCUGAGUCCAAGGGUCUCGUGGGCAUCGAGGGCCCCAGGAGUACACUAGUCAGCUGGCUGAUGGAUGGGGAAGGUCAGCUCAAGGUUAUCUCCAUUGUUGGGUUCGGAGGGUUGGGGAAGACGACCCUCGCCAAGGAGGUCAACCAUGCUGUGGGAGCACACUUCCAGCUCAAGGCUUUUGUGUCAGUCUCCCGUAAUCUUAACCCCAAGAAGCUAAUCUGCGAUGUGCUCUCUCAGAUCAUGGACCAAAAAGAUUAUGGCAAGAAAGAUUAUGGCAAGUUGGAGGUGGAGCAAUUGAUUCCAAUUCUGAGGGAACACCUGGCAGAUAAGAGGUACCUCAUAAUUAUUGAUGAUAUUUGGAGAAUACAAGCAUGGGAUCUAGUGAAGUCAGCCUUGCAUGACAACAGCUGCCAAAGUAGAAUAAUCACAACGACACGCAUUAGUACGGUUGCCGAGUCAUGUUGCUCGACCUUGAAAGAUCGUAUCUACUACAUUGAGCCUCUAAAUGAAGUCGAGUCCCGAGAGCUAUUCUUCAAGAGGAUAUUCGCCACAGAGCACGGUUGUCCUCCUCACCUAGAAGAAGUUUCCAACGAAAUUCUGAAGAAAUGUGGGGGCCUGCCAUUGGCUAUACUUAGUAUAGCAAGUUCACUGGCAAACAAGCCUGACAUAAAGGAACAAUGGGAAAUGGUGAAGAAAUCCAUUGGUUUUGCUCUUGAGGGAACGCCUACUUUAGAAGGAAUGAAUAAGAUAUUACUUUUUAGUUAUUACGAUCUUCCUACUCAUCUCAAGGCUUGUUUGCUAUACCUCAGUAUAUUUCCGGAGGACCAAGUGAUUGAGAGUGACAAACUAGUAUGGAGAUGGAUGUCUGAAGGACUAAUUGUUGGAGAAAUGGGUAAAAAUUUGGAGCAAGCAGGACAGAUUUAUUUCAAUGAGCUCAUCAACAGAAGCAUGAUUGAAUCAGUGGGUGUUCGGUAUGAUGGCAAGGUACUAGCUUGUAGGGUGCAUGAUAUGGUGCUUGACAUGAUCAUAUCUUUGUCCGCUCAAGAGAAUUUCGUUACCAUAUUACAUGGGCAUGAGGAUAAAUUUGCAGGAGAAAAGAUUCGCCGGUUGUCCCUUCGAUGCAAUCGCCCAGAUGUUGAAGUAACGCAGGUGACAAGCAAAAAAUUUGCCCAGGCUCGUUCUAUCAGCCUCUUUGGUUACAAGGAGAUGCUUGAUCUACAGGGCUUCCAAGCUUUGCGGGUGCUGGAUUUAGGAAAAAAUGUUUUGUUCAAGCAAGUGAAAAAUAUAGGCAAGUGUUACCAAUUGAAGUAUCUGGAUCUCUCCGAUACAGAUAUAGUGGAGCUUCCUGAAGAGAUUGGAAAUGUACAAUCCCUAGAAACUCUGGACUUAAGAAAUUGCAGACGACUAACAUUGCCAUCAACAAUAUCUGGGCUCAGAAAACUAGUGCGUCUCCUUGUGGAUUAUACUGCGGCAUUGCCAGAGGAGAUUUCUGGUCUUGUAGCUCUACAAGUGCUAUCUUGUGCCUCCUAUAACUCCGUGAAGUUCAUGCAAGCGCUGGGCCAGCUGACAGAGCUGCGAUCACUUGCAUUCAAGUGCUGGAAUCCUGACUGGUAUUUUGACGCGGGAAUGUACAAGGAGGUAUCUGUCGCAUCUCUCCGUGAGCUGGGGAAACACAAGCUUCAGUAUCUAGAUAUCUGUGACGAUGAUGCUAUCCCAGAUGCACUAAUGUGUUCGUCGUCAGAGUCAGACUGCCCGUUUCCGCACCUGCAGAAGCUUGUUCUGUCCAACCACAACAUCCAAAGGAUUCCAAGGUGGAUUGGCUCGCUUGUCAACCUCUGUCACCUGGAAAUUGUUGUCAAGACCACACGGCAAAACGAUCUCGGCACACUAGGGAACCUGCCAUGUCUGCUCUACCUCAAGAUCUGCAGGUUGUAUGAGCCCGUCGAAAGCCAGCAGCUCAUUGUACCGAACCGAGGAUUCCGUUGCCUCAAGGAGCUGUGCUUCCAGUGUUGGUGCCCGUUGGGGCUGGAGUUUGCCCCGGGAGCUAUGCCGUGGGUGCAAACCUUCCGCCUGUGGUUCAUGCCAUGCUGGAAGAGCUGCGAUCAUGGUGUCAGCGUCGGCUUAGGCAUCGAGCAUCUGCUAGAACUCAAGCUUGUGGAUGUUAAGACGGGCUAUGGAUGUGGUAAGAGGGAGGUGAAGUCAUUUGAGGCAGCAAUCACAGCUGUGGUCGCCAACCAUCCCAGACGCCCUGCGCUCGUAUUGCGUAGAUCAGGUGAGAGAAGUGCAGUCAGGAAGGAGAAUUGGACAGCAGUGGAGACAAACAUGAACAAGUCCCUGUUUGAUUCAUCAACAGUCAGACAAAGAUUGCAGAAGCAGUCCAGAUUUCAAACUUGAAAUUAAAGCUGCGAUGUUCCUCGCUCCUAAGUCGUAAUACACCAACGGACAGUUUGUAGGUUGUUUUUCCGGGUAGUUCCUUGCAGUGCUCAACAUUUUUAGGUUUGUGCUCUGCUCUUCUAUAAAUGUGAAAUCAAAGUGUGUUUUGAUUAUUAUUUCACGAUGAACAAUUGGUAUUUGAGAUAAUUGUUUUAAUUUUCCGAGGGAACAAAUAAUUGGUUUUAAUAUUUGGACAUAAUUGGCGAAGUGGGUUGCUGACUCUGUGACCCAUCAGACCGGUGUAUGUUGUGCGGUCUGACCAGCCGGCUCUUUGUCGGUUUCGGUUUCGGGUUGUUCAUUUGAAUACUUGUGAUUAAUUCAUGUUUAUAACUUAUAGAUGGAUACUA